AUGGUGUACAACGAGAGACGAAACAACAAGAAAACAGUGUCCUAUACCAAACAAGUGGAUGUGGAAAUCGGCACAAACAGGGUUUCACUAUUCAAAGGCAAGAUAUCCCAGGUGAAUGGAAGAAAUGUAAACAUCAGAGAAAUGCCCUUUGAAAAAGAUGGCAUUUUGUUGACGACUGUAGGGCGCCGUUUCGUCAAACUUCAAUCCCCGUCUUGCGGAUUGACCGUGCUUUGGGAUGGCAAGCAUUCUGUGGAAGUGUCUGCCGACAAGGGUAAGUACGGCGGCAAAAUGACUGGAAUCUGUGGGGACUGCAAUGGAAAGAGAGACGACUUCCGCUUGGCCAAUGGAACAAAUGUAUCACAAAUGCCAGCAAAGGAAAAGUACAGGGAAAUCGGAGAUAGUUAUCGCGUGACGGAUGCAAAGAGUCCUAUAUCUGCUAGAUGUGGUCCUACACCGGCAUUUUCAAGUUGCAAUCCGGAACAGACAAAGAGACUCAGUUCCAAUGCAGUAUGUGGAUUGAUGGAGAGUACAUCCGACGAAAAUCCAUUCAAAGCAUGCGUCAAUUGGAUGAAACAGACUAAAGAUGCGGACGGAAACAGUCCAUUUUCUUCUUGUCUUAUUGAUGCUUGCAACAACGACGGAGCUACAUUGAAGACAGUGACCUGCCCCGCCUUAGAGGAAUUCGAAGAAGUAUGUGUAGAGAGUGGUUAUGCCCCACCAGAGGUUAAUAACUGGCGAAACAUCACUUCCUGUCCAUUGACAGAGGUUGAAAAAUGCAGAGAAAAUGAGGAGUACGUAGAAGAUGGAAGUGGAUGUCCCAACACUUGCCUGUCCCCAAAAUCAGAAGAAAGCUGUUCUGAUCCUGAUGUUGCAGGGUGCCAGUGUAAGAAAGGUUUUGUGAGAGAUGGAGAUAUCUGCAUACCUGUCAGUCAAUGUGGAUGCAUUAUACUGAAGAAACGCGUCCCUGUAAACUCAAGCAUACUUUCAAUAGACUGCAAACAGAGAAUUUCCUGCACUCUGAGGAGUGGUGUGCCCGAACUGAAAGAGGAACCAGCAAAGUGUAGUGCUGACGAAAUAUGUAUGAAUCUAAAAGGAAGAGGGGAAUGUAGAAAAGCCCCAGCCAUCGCCGCUGAAGCACCCAUUUCACCUCCUAAAUCUAGCUCACCUGAAACUGCACGUAAAUGUAAAGAAGAGAAAAAGAAUGUGAGGUGUGCUAGCCGUAGAUUACAACUCAGUAGUGGUCGACAGAAGGAGAUCAAAAAGCUUUGUAGACUGGGGAGCACCAGACAAAUAGAAGACGUCAGAGUCCAACUAGUCAAGCAAGAUAAAGUGUCUAAACCUUGCAUCAACAAGAAGUCGUUUCGCUUACUCAAGAGGAAAGGGAGAUGGCAUUUGGAGAUUGUUCCAGAAAAUGCGGUCCCAAUGCUGUUUGGAAGAAGACACGAAGAAGAAGAAGAGGCAAAUGUCAAUGCAAGAGAGGUUAUCGUGGAAAUCCGAAGAAGGGAGGAUGUACCGAAAAUCCACUUCAUGGGCACUUGCAAGUACACGCUGACAAGAACAUUGGAAAAACAACCCUGCGCCUUUAACAUCAUGGUGUACAACGAGAGACGAAACAACAAGAAAACAGUGUCCUAUACCAAACAAGUGGAUGUGGAAAUCGGCACAAACAGGGUUUCACUAUUCAAAGGCAAGAUAUCCCAGGUGAAUGAAAGAAAUGUAAACAUCAGAGAAAUGCCCUUUGAAAAAGAUGGCAUUUUGUUGACGACUGUAGGGCGCCGUUUCGUCAAACUUCAAUCCCCGUCUUGCGGAUUGACCGUGCUUUGGGAUGGCAAGCAUUCUGUGGAAGUGUCUGCCGACAAGGGUAAGUACGGCGGCAAAAUGACUGGAAUCUGUGGGGACUGCAAUGGAAAGAGAGACGACUUCCGCUUGGCCAAUGGAACAAAUGUAUCACAAAUGCCAGCAAAGGAAAAGUACAGGGAAAUCGGAGAUAGUUAUCGCGUGACGGAUGCAAAGAGUCCUAUAUCUGCAUGUGGUCCUACACCGGCAUUUUCAAGUUGCAAUCCGGAACAGACAAAGAGACUCAGUUCCAAUGCAGUAUGUGGAUUGAUGGAGAGUACAUCCGACGAAAAUCCAUUCAAAGCAUGCGUCAAUUGGAUGAAACAGACUAAAGAUGCGGACGGAAACAGUCCAUUUUCUUCUUGUCUUAUUGAUGCUUGCAACAACGACGGAGCUACAUUGAAGACAGUGACCUGCCCCGCCUUAGAGGAAUUCGAAGAAGUAUGUGUAGAGAGUGGUUAUGCCCCACCAGAGGUUAAUAACUGGCGAAACAUCACUUCCUGUCCAUUGACAGAGGUUGAAAAAUGCAGAGAAAAUGAGGAGUACGUAGAAGAUGGAAGUGGAUGUCCCAACACUUGCCUGUCCCCAAAAUCAGAAGAAAGCUGUUCUGAUCCUGAUGUUGCAGGGUGCCAGUGUAAGAAAGGUUUUGUGAGAGAUGGAGAUAUCUGCAUACCUGUCAGUCAAUGUGGAUGCAUUAUACUGAAGAAACGCGUCCCUGUAAACUCAAGCAUACUUUCAAUAGACUGCAAACAGAGAAUUUCCUGCACUCUGAGGAGUGGUGUGCCCGAACUGAAAGAGGAACCAGCAAAGUGUAGUGCUGACGAAAUAUGUAUGAAUCUAAAAGGAAGAGGGGAAUGUAGAAAAGGUAAUCCAUUUUGAACGAUUUUUUUUUCAGUUAAGUCUAAGUUAUUAAUAAU